AUGGUCCUCCCUACAACUCCAGCCGCGUUGAAGACCAUCUCACCCUACCUCCAACGCGCUGACGAACUCAAAGAGAAAGAGCCCAUCAUCGCAUACUGGUGCACAUAUUAUGCAGCUCAGGUCGGAAUUGCACUCAAGGCCAAAGACGCAACUUCCCGCGACUUUCUAUUUGAGCUGCUAGGAAACCUUGAGAAGAUGAAAGCGCAAAUCGGACCUACAGACGCGAUAGACAUUGAAUCGGCCAGUGCUGCGUAUGUCGAAAACUUUGCUCUUCGCGUUUUUGCCUCGGCAGAUAACGAAGAUCGUUCUGGCGGCGGAAACCGGUCAACAGCAAAGAAAUUUCUCGCAGCGGCUAAUUUUCUGGAAAUACUCAAGACAUUCCCCAAAACCGAGAUCUCCGAGAGUACUGAAGAGAAAAUCAAAUACGCGAAGUGGAAGGCUGCCGAUAUCGCUAAAGCCUUCAGAGAAGGAAGAAAGCCCACGCCCGGCCCGGCCGGCUCGGAUCCCAGCAUCGACGCAGAACUUGCUCAACUUCAGCAGGCCACUGGACCAUCGAGUAUCGGGAGCAACGCUGGUACAUUAAAAGGCUCACCACCUGCGCCAUUCAGUGGGCUCUCAGAUCAGCCCACAAAUGGCAAAAGAACUUCACCCCAGAUAGAGCCCGAGGUCAUAGCGGACGCCAAUCGGUUAUUUGCUUCGUUGACUCCACCACGCCAUUCUAAUGACCUCCAUCCCGGUUCGUGGGCUGGACAACAUGCGGGAGAGGCCACUCCCGGUAGCUGGAGUACUGCUGCCACACCAGGAACAGGCGAAACCACUCCACACGAUUUUACCGUUCCCCAAUCACCCAGUCUCGGCAAAGGAAAGGGUCGAGAGAGGGAAGGAAGCGGAGAUUCUCAACACACUAUCUCACUACAACCGGAAAACGAGCAGGAACCAAAGAAAUCCGUUCAUUUCACGCCUUCAGUAGCUGGGAACUCACCCCCUGUGUCACCAUACUAUCCCACUGCAUCAUCGCACGUGCCCCCAGAUUCUGUCAUCUUCGGAAAUAGCAACUCAAUGUAUCCCUCAGCCCCGCCUCCCGACGUGUUUACGCCGCCAUUGCCUCCGCCACCUACAAUCGCCGUUCCACCAACUCUAGUUUCCCAACCACCACCACCUCAGCCCUUGACCGUUCUAACACCGCUCGUGGUCGCUAAAGCUCAAAAGCACUGUCGAUUCGCAAUCAGUGCAUUGGACUACGAGGAUGCAGAGCAGGCACGCAAAGAAUUACGAGCAGCACUUGCUGUUCUCGGAGGUUGA